AUGGGAGUUCCAAAGUUCUUUCGAUGGUGUGCGGAGCGAUACCCUUCUAUCAUCACUUCAUUUAAGGAACACCCACCACUGGUCGAUAACUUUUAUAUAGAUUUCAACGGGAUAAUUCACAACUGCACGCAUUCGAAUGACGUAGACCCCAUGCUCAAAUCCCCCAGUGAGAAGAAAAUGAUUCAACUUAUGUUCGUUUAUUUGGAGAAGUUAUUUGUAGCUGUUCAGCCACGCAAAUGCUUUUUUAUUGCUGUGGAUGGCGUGGCGCCGCGCGCAAAGAUGAAUCAACAGCGGCAGCGUCGUUAUCGUUCUGCCUAUGAGCGCAUGGUUGCACGUGCGGAGGCAAUCGAGGAAGGUCGUGACGUCCCUAAUGAGGAGUACAUAUUUGAUAGCAACUGUAUUACUCCUGGUACUCCUUUUAUGGUCCGCGUUAGUGAGGCACUUUGCUUUUUCAUAGCAACAAAGCUUUCGACCGACCCUGCAUGGCAGAGCUGCAAAGUAAUCUUUAGUGGUCAUGAUAAUCCUGGAGAGGGAGAGCACAAAAUUAUGGAUUUUAUCCGAGGGAGAAAAAUGCAGCCGGGGUAUAACUCCAACGAGACCCAUUACAUGUAUGGUUUAGAUGCCGAUCUAAUUAUGCUUGCUUUGUCGACUCACGAGCCACAUUUCGUGUUGCUGCGCGAGGUAGUAGAAUUUGGCGGAAAAUCUCGCAAAGAAAGAGAAAGAGAGGAGGAAGAUGCCGCUAAAGGCAUUUGCUUGGAUAAGUCCUACAACAGAGAGGAUGAAUUUGUCUUGCUCCACAUCAACGUUCUACGUGACUAUUUGCAGAUGGAUAUCAGUGUAAAACUGAGUCCUUUCGCCAAAUGUACGUUUGAUUUGGAGAGGGUAAUUGAUGAUUUUGUUUUCAUGCUUUUUUUCGUUGGCAAUGAUUUCUUGCCUUCGAUCCCUACAGUGGGCAUUCAUGACCAAGGUGUGUUGAAGAUGUUGGACCUGUACACUGAGCACGUUCUCUCGAAGAAUCUUUUUCUAAUUCAUAAUGGCUCCAUUAAUUGGCAUGCCGUGGAGAUUUUUCUCUCUAAGCUCGGAGAGCUGGAGUUUAAGGCCAUCAAGGAACGGCAAGCUGGGGAGGCCGAGUACCAUUCUAACCGUAGUCGAAGGGACCCUUCGUACGAAGUCCCUACCUGUGCUAACACUGCAUUUACAUCCAUUGAGGAGUAUAAGGAGUCAUUUUAUCAAAAUAAACAUAAAAUUUUCGACGAAAAGGGAAUGGAAAGUCUCAAGCAGCAUUACGUAGAGGGUUUGUCCUGGGUUUUUUCCUAUUACUACCAGGGCGUGCCCUCAUGGAAAUGGUUUUAUCCACACUACUAUGCACCAAUGGCUAGUGAUCUUGUCAAUUUGGCAGCGAUUGGAGCCAAGGUAUCUUUUGAGUUCGGCAAGCCUUUCCUGCCGCACCAGCAGCUGCUUGCCGUGUUGCCACCUAUGUCCUACCGGUCUAUUCCCAAAGCAUACUGGCCUCUAUUGAAGAGCAGCUCCAGUCCACUGGCAAGCUUUUACCCCGAGCACAUCACUAUUGAUCGUGAAGGCACGCGCGCUGAGUGGGAAGGUAUUGUUUUAAUUCCCUUUAUUGAUGAAAAAAUUCUCUUAUCAGCUUAUGAGUCUGUUCAGAGUCAGGUGGAUCGAGAAGACGCCAAUAACAACAAGCUUGGCCCUUCUAUCUGUUUCUCUUUCGACCCCACGAUCACCCCCUAUGACUUGAAAAGCAACUUGUUUAGCCCAUUGCGGAGUAUUUUUGUGAAAAAGGAGGCGUAUGAGUUUCCUCCUUACCGCCGUUUCGAACCAAAUUUAUGCAAGGGCGUGUGUAUCGGUGACAAGGAGUUGGAGGGCUUCUCGUCUUUACAGUCCAAGAUUAAGCUUAUCACGCCCACUUACGAAUCUGGUGUAGUCGAUAUUUUUAAAAGAAUUUCCAAAGAGCAGAGUCUGAUACUAAAUUUAAAAAACUUCACUAGCUCCAAGACAGCUGAGGAGGAAGCUACACUUAUUGGAAAGGAGGUCCUGGUGGGCUUCCCUCAUUAUAAGCGAGCACGUAUAGCUUCGUUGAGCGAUGCACGUGUCACUCUAACUGCGUUAUACAAUCGAGACGGCAGCUUUAGUGGGGUAGAGAAACGAGAAAAGAAUCGCGACGAGUCAUUAUUGUUCCUCAAAGAAGCAGAGGCACAUCGUAGAUACAUGAAGUUAAAGUUGGGGAUCAGCGUAGAUGAAGUUCCAGUAUUGGUGUAUGUAAAUCGUUUCUUUGGCAUGCGCGUGUCGAAUAAGGGAUAUCUUACGCGACAAUUUUCCUCGAGCGAGACAUGCUACCCUCUACCGCUCAUAUGUCUUCUUAGCGACAUUAAGAUGGUUGAGGAUACUCGUUAUAUGGAGCGUGAGCGCACUGACGUAGACAGCACGCAAGGGGACAGCUGUGUUUAUAUUGGGCCUGAGCCAAAAAGCAAAGACACAGCGUCGGUCUUUGGCAGCUGUGGCCAGAUUCUUUCCACUGAGUCCAACUCCAACGCUUUCACGAUAUCAUUAAAGGUGCCUCGGAAUCCCUUCACGCUUCCUUCAAGUCUUUCUGAGUUUGCGUCACCCAAAAAUUGGGUUGCCCUACAAGUUGCGGCAGACAAGCUUGGCAUCAGUUCACGUACUCUCACCACUAUAUGCAGCUCUAUUGUGACCGUACCACAGUUUGGCUCUCGCGAACUUGGCUUAUGCAUCAAGUUUUCGGGUCGCGGUUUGGCACGUGUGGGGUACGCCAGGUUGCUCCAGCGCAAUGUGAAACCGUGGUAUGUGUCGAAUAUUGACAUUUUUUCGCGCAUAGAGCAGGACGAAAAUGUGGGUCAUCACCUUGAAAAGGUUGAAAAGGGAGAGUACGUGGGCAAACACGCGGGUAAUGGCUAUGGUACGUGGUAUCUUUCCCAAGGCGCCAUGAAGUUACUGAAGGAUUACAUUAAUUACUUUAGCCCAUUAGUUGACCUUCUAGAGAAGGGCAUAAGUAGCCAUCAUAUUGAUCCCCCGCAGUUCUUGACGGGAAAAUGGGAAGAAUGCGAUGCCGAUGAUAUUUUAGACGAAAUCACUUCUUUUUUGGACGAUACCGGCAUCAAAAAAGUCCCAAUGGUCACUGCCACAGAUGACGCGUUUCCCCCAGCCCUGUUGGAAGAACUUGAGACAUCCCUAGAGCAUCAUGAGACCCAGAAAACGAAGAUGCUCACACUACGACAUGUGCCGAAGAAUUAUCUUUAUUUUCCUAUAACACGAAGUAUUGGUGGGCACUUGAUCCCUAUUCCAUUACCCCGGGAACAAACCUUCCGGUUAGGGGCGCGUGUGGUAAAUUGCCGUGUUACAGGCAUGGUUCCGUUCGGUGCGCGAGGCACAGUUGUGCGUUUACUCGCUAGUGGACGUGAUGCUGAGGUGGUUUACGAUAUUCCUUUCACCUCCGGCGUCCGCUUUCAUGGACGCCUAAAGGAUUACCGUGGUGCUAUCACAAAACUCUCAGCACUUCUUGUCCUAAAGAAUGUUGCUGAGGAUGGCCCGCGUUCGAGUGUUACUUUACCCGUCGUAAAGGACGUUCUUCAGACUCCGCACUCGGGUCUUUCUGAGGCCAAUACGAAUGAAAUUAAAGCGGAAACUGGCACGGAUUCGCUUUUCGUGCCCAAACCUCGCAGUGCAAUCGCGACUGCUUCCGUGGCAACUAGCACAAAAAUUGAGACCAUCUGUGCUUCUAAUUUGUCACCCGAGACGAUUAAUGUAAACUCACAGGGGCCUACAGGCUUCCCCAGCAAUACGGUUAGCUUUACUUCUUCUAGUCCAACUGGCGGCAUAAAGCUUCGAGAGUUAGUCAGCUGCUUGCCUACGUUGUCCUCUCCAUCCUCCAAUAUCAAAGCUGCCGCUGCUGGAACAGGAGAUUUCGUGAAGCCAUUUACUCCCAUUUCCCAUAAAUUCGUCUCACAAGAAGCAUUACGGGAAAAUGGGUCGCAAAAACAAGAACAAAAGUCUGAUGAAACGAGUUCAUUUGGGAAUAGAAACACAGGACAUGCCCAGAAGACAAAUAUGGAUGCAACAUUAAGCAGCAAGAUUACUGAAUGGAAGGCAAUACCGGAAGAGUUUGUGUCAGGAAAAAUACGUAUCACGUGUAAGGAAUCUGGAUCUGUGUUUAAGAAAUGGUUAAGCACCUUCUUGGAAGCUGAAAUUAAAAAUGCGUAG